UCCCACAUUUCUCACCACCAAACAAUUUUAGCUAUCUUUUUUCAUAUUAUUCCAUACUUGAGAAAUCAUCAUGGGUGCCAUCACUUAUGAUAUGGAGAUCACUUCAUCAAUCCCAGCCGGAAAGUUGUUCAAGUCGUUUAUCCUCGACGCUGACAACCUCAUCCCCAAGAUCCUGCCUCAAGCUAUCAAAAGUGUCGAAAUCCUUAAGGGAGAUGGUGGAGUCGGAACCAUCAAGGUUAUCACUUUUGGCGAAGGAAGCCAGUUCAAGGGCGUCAAGCACCGUGUUGAUAAUAUUGACAAAGAAAAUUUGACAUAUAGCUAUAGCAUCAUCGAAGGGGAUGCUCUGACGGACGUUCUGGAGUCGAUCAAUUACCAUGUCAAAAUUGUUCCGGCUGCUGAUGGAGGAUCUAUCUGCAAGAACAGGAGCAUUUACAACACCAAGGGUGAUGCCGAGAUUUCCGAGGAGAAGAUCAAGGAAGGUAAAGAAAAGGCCAUGGGAAUUUUCAAGGCUGUCGAGGCUUAUCUCCAAGCGAAUCCCGAUGCCUACAAUUAAACGUGUUGCUGAAAUUUACACUGCAUAAAAAAAUAUAUAGUUGGGUGAUUUUUGUUUCCGAGAAAUGUUGCAUUAGCAUUUUCUGCUGAAUAAGAUGUAUUGUAGUACUGAAAUGCUUCAAUGCACUCUGGUUUGGAUUCAUAUUUAAAUUAUCAAUAUAAGAGGAUUUACUUCAUUUUACA